GGUGUGGUGGUCAGUGUUGUGCGGUGUGGUCACCUCAGAACUGCUGAACAACACGAGCCUUAUAUAUAUGUGACACUGCAUACAAGCUGGUGACUGGAAUGCGCUGUAGCAAGACUGCGUUGCGUCAGCAACCGGAUGCCGCUGACCGUGGACAGAGUGGCUCGGCUUCAGACACAGCGCAUGGAUAACGCUUCCAGCGAUAGCGCUGCUCGCGCCACUGGAGGGCAGCAUUGCAGGGCCGCACCACUUCCCCCCUCGCCUGUCGUUCAGUGCACUGAUAUGAGAAGAUAAGGAGUUUGCAAGCAUGUAUCGCGGUGAGAUAGCGCCGGAGAGGGGCCCAGAAGCCUCAGAUGUCGGCCGCAGCGGCACGUCCGCUGGUGCCAACGCUGUCGGCACCGGGGCAACAGUCGCCGAGCUAGCGUUCGCAGCCGCCACAGCAACGGAGGCGGUGCGGCACCAGAUACAGACGCUCCAAGGCAUUAGGGAGCGGCAGAUGCAGGAGCGUCGGCAUCAAGUGCCUGCGAACUGGGAGGGGAGCCGUGAGGUUGCUCAUGCGGCCGACCCACAUCGCCUCCACGACGCCACGCAGUCCCAUUUGGCGCCGCUCGAUGUUCCGGCACCCACAUCGACCUGGCCACAUAUGCACAUCUUCUCAGCAGCUGGGCACACCGCGCAUCCGGUACUGACAGCUGCAAGCGGCAGUGUGCGCGGUCGCAACCAGCAAUCCCCCGCUGCGCACAUGCCGCCGCCCACCGCCCACCACCACAACGCCGGGAUCCCCCAGCAACAGCGCCAGUCGACGCAGCAGCCCGGAAGCCACAGCAACCUGUACGCAGCCGGCGGACCGCACGCGCCACCGCCUCUGCCACCGUUGGUGCUGCAGCCACAGCCGACGCACCCGGCGCAGCCGCACCAGCAGCGGCAAGAGCCACGCAAGCAGCAGGCGCAGCGGCAGCACCUCCCAUCCGGUCCAAGCCUCAUGGAGCAAGCAUGGGACGCGGCGACAGGUGAUGCCCUGGGUUUCAGUGGCGGCUUUAGUGCCGGCGCCGCGGCUGCCGUGGCCUUGUGGCGGGAAGCAGGCGCCGGGCCGGGCAGUAGGCCGGCAGCGCUGCCUGGGACCGCAGCCGCGGGCGUGCAAGUGCAGCGUCCUUAUGCCGCAGCGGCCGCAGCGGCCGCAGCGGCUGCAGCGGCUGCAGCGGCUAUAGGGUCGGCGGAAGCGCGAGCGGGCGGCGGCGCGGCGGCGGUGUUGAGGGAGGCUGCACCCCUGGCUCGGAGAGAGGAGGGCUGGUGUGCCUCAGGUGUGCCGGCCGCAGCAAGUGCUGCACCGGCGGCGUCAACAGCGGCCGGGGCGGAGGCCGGGCCGGGAGGGGCGUGGGCGCGGCCCGGUGCCAGCCUGAGAGGGUCGGAGCAGCAGCCUGCGGCCUCUAACUCGGCUUUGGCUGGGCGCCCUCAAGGCCCUCGGGCUGCGGAAGGCGGCCAAGCCCCCGCCACCGCCGCCGCCGCCCGGGCCUCGGAGGCGCCGGCCGCCUCGGCAGGGGCUGCCGGGGGGUUCGUCGCGCCCGUCACUCAGCCCGAGAAGCUGGUGUUGCGCGGUGCGGACACUGAGGCGGCUGCAGCCUUGGCUGGGGCUGCGGGGGCACCUGCAGCACAUGUGGCCAUGACCGCGGCUGCCGGCGGCGCCGCGCAGCUGUCUGCUGCAGGCCCGGUGCCGGCGCUCGCAGGCGCGGCGCCGGGACGGCCCUGCAGUGCUACUGCUGCUCGGGUAGGCCCGGCAGUCGAUGCCAUUGCGUGUGGCCAGGCCACGCCGGCCGAAGAGCCCGCCGCUGCACCGGCAGCUGCAGCAAAUGUCACGGAGCCGGGCGCGGCAGGGGCUGCCGGCAGGGCAACGGCUUCUGGGCCGGGGGCGGGUUCAGGCGUGUGGACUGAGGCGGAGCUCAGUACGGCCGAGCCCAGCAAGGCCGAGGCUGCCGCUGCGGCGUCUGUUGCCGCAGGGGGCAGUGGUGCUGCACGUCGCGGAGGUGGCGGCGCCGCGGCUGAGCCGGCUGAGCCGCCCGCGCCCGCGGCAGGAGCGUGGGGUGUGCAGCCGGAGGGGCAGGCACCAGGGGACAAGCAGCGCGCGCAGCGCGCCGGGCAGCAGCAGGCGCGACUCCCCAAGCAGCCGCCGCUGCGACCAGCACCUAAGAAGCGGUCUGAGCGGCCGCCGGCUUCGCGGCGGCAGCCGCCGCGCGCGGGGCCACUGCAGUCUGCAGCAUGCAGCACGGGGCCGGUCGUGGCGCCGGCAACCCAGCCGCCGUGGCCGCCGCCACCGGUUGAGGGGCGCCGCCGCAUCGAGGCACGGCGACUGCCCGCGGGUGCUGCUACGGGGCUGGAAGACGAGGACUGGGAGGUCGUCCUAUCUGACUCGGACGGGGAGAAAGAGGAGGGGCAGGAGGAGGAGGAGGAGGGGCAGCAGGAGGCGGAGGCGGAGGAGGGGCAGGAGGAGGAGGUGCAGGAGGGGGAGGCGCAGGAGGGGGAGGCGCAGGAGGCGGACGCGGAGGAGGGGGGAGAAGGGCAGGGCGCCGAGAUGCCGCAGGCGGCCACGCGGCGUCUGCGGUCCAAUGGGCUCCGAGGCGAGGGCUUGGAGCAAGUCGGCAAACGCGUGCCACAGGCGCCCGCACAGCAGCCGCUGCCGCCGCAGGCGCAGGCGCAAGCGCAGCGACCGCCGCUGCAACAGCCACAGCAACAGGCGCAGGCGCCGCCCGCGCCCGGGGCUGGGCCCGGAAGUGUGGCGCCCGUCACAGGGCUGUCGCCGGCCGACGUCCGGUGCGUCUCAUGCGGCGGGCCGUACCACGUGAACGGCAAAGGCUUCUUCGCACACCGCACCCUGGCUUUCACCUGUCAUGCCUGCUGCCGCAAGAACCACGUGGUAGCAAGGUUUUACGGCCCUCUGGGCACGAGGAGCUUGGAGGAGGCGGGUGGGCGGCAGUGCACCGACUGCGGCGCGACCGGCACCCAGACCGACUGGCGAAAAAUGCCCGGACGCCUAGGGACGUAUGGCUGCCUCCAGUGCUACUGCCGCAGGUUGAAGCAGGCGAGCAUCAAGGGCAGGCGCGAGAGCAAGGGUGCAGAGGCAACGGCACAGGCGACGGCAGACGCUGGGGCUGGCGCCAGCCUGGGUGGGGCUGCAGCAGGGGGCAAGGCCGGCGCGGGGCGGGAGGCAAAGGCUAGCGGUCGCGAAGCUCGAGCCGGCGUUAAAGCCAAUGCAGUGCAAGGGAUGCAACCGCCGGCGAAGCGGGCCCGCUUGUCUGCGGCUGGGGCUGCUGCAAAGGCUGCAGCACAGGCCCUUCCUUCGGCGGUGGCGGUACUGGCAGCGGAUGGAGCCGCCCCCGCCAUUGCUGCGGAUGCGGCAGGCAGCGACGGCGCCGCGCGCCGUCCCGCAUCAGCCGCAGGGGCACGUGCGGCCGCGCGUGGGCGGCAGGUCCAGAGCCAGACUCUUGACCCAGGAGCCGGGCCUGCUGCAGGCAGCACGUCGCGCGAGGCCUCAAGCGUGGGCUCAGAGCUGGCGUCUGACGGCUCGUUGGCGGCGGGGGCUGGCUCGGACGCAGAGCGGCCGCAGGCGGGCCCGGCUCAAGGACGGACGCUGACAGGCGGCGGCCCCAAAGCGAAGGAGCACAUAUCGACAGCGGCGGCGACGCAGAACGCGGAGCGCGCGCCGGGGACCGCAGUGCGUCAGCUGCAGGGGUGGCUCAGCGGCACCGCCGCUACUGCAAUGCCGGCGGCACCGGUGCCGGCGGCUACGACGGUGGCGGCACCGGCAUCGGGGACGACGGCGGCAACAGCGGGAGCGGGAGCGGCGUCCGCGCCGGUGCCGUUGCCGCCGCCGGGCCUUUCUGCGGCCUCUGUGCGAUGCACGACCUGUAGUGCCCCGUACCGGGCCAUGGGCUUCUUUACGCACCGCACCCAGGAGUACACCUGCGACCGCUGCUGCCGCCGCAACCUCAGCUCCCACAGCUUCUACGGCCCGCCCGGCACACGGAGCCUGAAGGAGGCGGGCGGGCGGGAGUGCGCGCAGUGCGGCGGAACUGCGCAGCCGGCGGGGGCCAAGUGGCGCGGCAUGCCUGGUCGUCUAGGCACGUACGCCUGCCAGCGCUGCUAUAAGGGCGCCAAGGUCGCCGCCGCCAUGGCUGCAGACGGCGACAGAGCUUCUAUGCCGGCUGGCGCUAUGGUGAGUGCGCCCAAGGCGCAGAAGGCGGCUGCUGGCGCAACUGAAGAGGGUGCGGCGGCAGCCAGGGUAGAGGCGGCCGGGGCUCGAGCGCCACGGGGCCCGGAGGUAGCAGCGGGCGGUGGAAGGCGCAGGGAGGGAGACACGGAGCAGCCUCCAGCGAAGCGCACACGGGCGACAGCUGCCGGCGGCCCCAGCGCAGUUACACCUGCUGUGCCUCCAGCUGCCGGCGGCGCGGCCGAGGCGCCGCCAGCCGGCCGCGUGGCCUUGGCAGCCGCUGCCAUAGCACCUAGCGCAGUCCCUGGGCACUUGGUGGUGCCACCGGCGGCGGCCGCCUCGCUCAUCGCGUUAGCAGCGGCCGUGGAAGCGGCGGCUCCGCCGUCGAGGGGCGCCACCGCGUCGUCAAGGCCCGCCGCCGCGACACCCACGGCCGCGCUCGCAGCUGAGCCGCCCUUCUCAACCUCCGCCCCCGCGCCUGCCCCCGGCCCCGCCCCAGUCCCCGUCCCUUUGCUCGGCCUCCGCCCCAACAUCCUCUGCACCACCUGCGCCGCGCCCUUCAACCGCACGACGCUGGCCGGGCCCUGCGGGUUCUUCGCGCGCGGCACCGGCGCCUUCACCUGCCACACCUGUUGCGCGAGGAACCGGAGCACGCACGGCUUCUACGGCCCGCCCGGCAUGCGGAGCCUGCAGGAGGCGGGCGGCCGUGCCUGCUCCGAGUGCGGCACCGACAGGCCGCCCGGCCCACCUGGCAAGCAGUGGCGCAUGCACCUGACGCAGUUGGGGCUGUACAUGUGCAUCGCCUGCCGUAACCAGGCGGAGCGGAGGGCAAGGGUGCCCGGCGGCAAGCCCGGCGGCACAAGCGCGCCGGCAAGGGUGCCGCCGGCAGGCGCGCCGGCGGCGCCAGCACCACUGCCUGCGCCCCUGCCUGUGCCCCUGACGGCGGGACCGCAAGCAGCGCGCGCAGCUGCGGGCGCUGUCAAGAGCGCACUGAUGCGCAUGCGGGCGCCGCAAGCGCAGGCGGUGCCUCCUGGCUCGGCUGCGGGCCCGCCCGCCGGCGCCGCCGCCGCGGCCAGCGCUGGCGCCGGCGGCGGCGAUGCAACGCGCACGUGCGGUGUGCGUGGUACCGCCGCGUCCAACAGGUGGAUGCGGCACAAGCUGGACAAACGCAUCACCACGUGCAGGCGCUGCUACGCCCGCUACAACAGGACGGGGUCCUACGACGGCGUGCCUGGGGAGCCGCGGCCUGGACAGCUACCCGCACAGCAGGCCGCGGCACGGCGGCCUGUGGCACCGACGUUGCCGUCGUCGGUGCCGGGAGCCGAGGUCACGGCUGCUGAAGCUCCUCGAAUGGCUGGGGCUCGGCCUGCUGCAGCGGCGGCUGGGGCGGCGGCUGGGGCGGCGGCUGGGGCGGUGGCUGGGACGUUGGAGGCGGGCAAGCGCGAUGCACAGCAGCAGCCGUGCGACAGGUGCGGCGUGGUGGAGAGCGCAAGAGGCUGGGUCCGGGGACUGUGCCGCCGCUGCUACAUGAGGCAGUAUCGCCGCAAGGACCAGAGCGGCCCAGCGGCCAGCCAGCAGCCUCAGCUGCAGCGGCCGCCACCGCAGCAGCGGCCUGUGGCUCACGCUACUCACGCCGCCGCCGGCGCAGCAGGUGCCGCAGCUGCUAUGGGACCGCGCCUGGCUCCCGCUGUCGUGGUGGCGCUGUCAGGACCGCGGCAGGACGCGGGUGCUGGAGCCGUCGGCGCGGGCCACGCGGGCGGCGACGGUGCCGUCGUCGCCGGCGCUGACGCAGCAGGCGCUGGGGUGGGGGUGCCAGUGGCGACGCCGGUGCAUCGCCUCCCCAUUGGCGGGUUGCACUGGCGCUACCGGUCCGUGUUGCGGCCGCCGCGGAGGCACGCCGCCGCCGCGUUUGCAGCGGCCGUCAGGGCCGCGGACUUAAUGCGGGCUGAAGCGCAGGUGGCGGCGGAGGCGGCGCAGGUGGCGGAGGAGGAGCUGCCGGGCAGCGGCCAUGAGUUGGGCGACGUCGAGGCAUCUGCAGGAAGCUGCGGCGCCAGCGAUGACGGCGCCAGAGGGGCUGGCGGUGCCGACGCGGAUGGCAUCGCGAGCGCGGAAGCCAACGGCUGUGCCAGCAGUAGCAGCAGCCGCGGCAGUGGCAGGAGCAGCAGCAGGCGCAAACUUGGGCCUGCUGUGGGAGGCGGCGCGUCUGCAGCUGUGGCGGCUGCUGCUGCUGCUGCUGCGUCGGCGGCGGCGGCGGCGGCGGCGACAGCCACUGCUGAUCAUGGAGCUACAGCCCAAAGGCGCAUGGCGCAGGGGAUGGAGGCCAGGCGGUGACGCAGCGGCCCGCGGCAGGGGGAGGCACAGAGAGGACUGGAUCAAACAGCAGGGUUCCGUGGGGGUAGGGGUUACUGGCGUUGGCCGUACAUCGGGCAAGCGGGCCGCAAUGGUGAUGCCUGUGGCGGCUUGCCUUGUCGGGACCCCGCCGUGAUGGUGGCACACCGGGUGCAGUGGACGUGGCGUGCGUGGGGUCUGGGCUGUGAGCCGCAUGUGCGGAUGUGCCGUGUACGUAGAGCGCGUUCUUGGACACAAGUUGUAGUCACGGCAAUCUCCGGAUGUCCUGAUCGGACACAAGCAUAAGCAUUAACUUCUGGGGUUGGGGUUGGGUUGUUGGUUGGAUGCUGGUGGGCGUGAUCGGAGACCUUUGACGUCUAAGCAAAGGCAGUUUUCAUGUUGACCGUUGUGUGCGGUGCCUGCAUUCACGUCCGGCAUUGCCAUGCGGCUUGAGCUGGGGGCCAACGGUUCAACACCACCGCGGCAUUGCGUGAGAAUUUGCGAAGAUUCCUUGGGUUGGCAUUCUGACAUUUUGUGGUUUGCCUAAUUGGAUCAGAACUACGGUAACUGUGCAGGUAUGCCCAUGGCCAUGGGAUAGUGCCGUUACACACUUAUACGCAGUGUGGAGUGGGAACGGAGCAUGCAUGUAGCAGGCACAACAAGAGAGUAGGGAUGGGAUGGGUGUGUGCUGACGGGGUGCGGUAUGUAGGCAGACCCAACGGGCAGACCCGACGCAGACACCCACUCGCGCGUCAGUGCUGUCAUGUCGAGGGAUGCUCAGUUGCACGCAUGUAUUCCAUUGUUCAAUGCGCCGUGCGACAUACAACUCGCAAACACCGAAGUUAG